UCAUCAUCAUCAUCAUCAUCAUCUUCUGGCAGCUCGAUGUACAACUACAUUGCACGCGAGGCUAAUCGGAGGAAAGAAUCCUACUUGGCCAAGAUAAGGCAUUCCUGGAGGACGUCCACCGAGGCUCAUAAGAGCGGUGCCGGUGUUGGUGUUUGUGCCAAAAAAGAGGAGGCCACUGCCAGCUUGGAGGAUGACCACCAAGAGAAGGUUGUACGUGGCUGUAAGGAAGGGCGAAGAGGAUGGCAGUGGCAGAGGAGGAAGGAAGCUGUAUGUGGCCAUCGGAAAGGAUGAAGAGGACAGCAGGUCCAACCUCCUGUGGGCCGCUCGGAACCUCCUCGGCAGCGGCGACAAGCUCGUCCUGCUGCAUGUCCACAAGCCUGCCAACAAAAUUAUAACUGGUAAGGAUGUCAUUGUGGUGGAUUCUCGUUAUCUCGUUUGCCCCCACCCAUUUUACUUCGUAUUAGCAGAAAGUUCAUAUAGAGGUCGAGCUACAUGGAACCUCUUAUUCUCACCCCUAUUGCUUUGAGAUCUGUGCUCUUCAACUAACUUACUACAUGAAAAUUUCUCCUUUUUGUUUCUCUCAAAUGAACUAACAUAUGGACUUCAAACCUUGAAGAUCAAACAAACUUUAGAACUUCAAUGUGUGAAAAAAGUUUCAGAUUUUUUUGUUCGAAAUAAAUAUACAAAAUGAGAAAAAAUUUAUUAAAAAAUUAAGCAUUUAAAAUGCACGAAAAAUACGAAAUGUUUUCCCCACAUUCUUGUUAGAAUGUUUUAUUGUCCUGUAAAAUUUGAAGUUUAUAUGUUUUUUCGUUUGGCUCCGGUACGGAUCUUGAUGCUGAAAUGGAUGGCUAAGAUAAGGGGUACCAUGUAGCUUGACCUACAGAAAACCACACUCUUAUUUUAGUUUUUGUUUGACCUGCUUUUACCUUUUUGUGUCUAAUUUUUCACAGUAUCCAUAGACUGAGCCUACAUAAAACGGGGCAGUUUCUUAUUCGCAUCAAUUCUGAGUUUCUUGUUAUUCCUAUCAGCAUUUCACCAGUAACUUCUAUCGUCGUUCCCCAUCUCAUAAGCCAUGUUAUUUUUCCUUCCCCGGAUAAUCUACAAAAAUGAUACAGUUGAGGAAACGAAAUUACUCCGUCCGCCCUAGUAUAAAAAAGGCUCUUAUAUUAUGGGGCGGAGGGAUAGUAGCAAAGCACUUCUUCUUGUGUUGUUGUUUUCAUUUUUUUGCAGUAAUUAUAUGGGACAUGCUAUGUUUCGGCCGGAUGAUAUGGCUGAGCCUUUGAACAAGCCUCGUGUUGCGUCGCAGCGCUUUGCAACAGCAGCCUUGUUACAAUCCUCGAGCAGUUAUUUUUUACAUUUUUCCUGUGUCCGAUCAGCUCGCUGAGCCUUUGCAACAAGUCUCGUAUUACACUCAGCGCUUUGCAACAUGAGCCUUGUUGCAAUCCCUCUAAAAAAAGUUUUUUUCGGGUUUUUUCUGCACGGUCUGUCACGUAGUUUGUGUUGUGCUCAUGCGUCUUGCAACAAGGGUCAUGUUGCUCCUGACGGCUCGAUCAGGGGAACAUGGGGCGCAGACGAUGCGGUGGACAUUUUGCAGUCAAUCGGCCAGUUGAUGAGAAGCAUUUCCAUAAUUAUAUUGUUCUUGUGCUGUUACCAAGGUGCAGAGAUGGAUUUUCGCUUUUCCGGUCAGAAUUUUUGAAAAUUGUCCGGUUACUGGAAAUCUCGUCCGCAUAUAUUAUUAUCACAAACCUGGACGUAGGAAGGGCAAACUAUUGCGUGUGCGUAGGUCGCCAUGCCAGCACCUCGAUUACACAAGGUUUAUUUGGUGCCGCGAGAUUACGCAAGGUUGAUGCAAGCCAGCUGCAGGAGAGGGAGCUCCAGGCAUAUAGGAAGUCUGAGAAGGAGGAGAUGAACACAAUUUUAGACCGGUACCUCGAUUUCUGCAUAUCUUAUCUCAAGUCUCAAGCUGAAGCGAUGGUGGUCGAGAGUAACAGCCCUGCCUGUGGCAUUGUCAAGCUGAUUGAUCAGAGUCACAUCAAAAACCUUGUCAUGGGAACAUCUUCCUUCUCACCGUAA